UUUGAAGCGCAAAUGGCGGCCAAGCCAGUAAAAAUGGUCAAGAAGGUUUUGCUACGUGUUUGGUGGGAUUGGCAGGGAAUCAUCUACUAUGUUACUCCUUACGACUGAUCUUCAUUCGGACCUGUGAAGACACCGUGUGAAGUAGGCAAUCUCCCAAAAGGGGCCAGCUUUUGCGAAUACGAGAGGCAUUGUUUUUUUUUUUUAUCAAGAAAGCUUGGUUGAGAGAUACUUAUGCAUACAUCUUAAAGUACGGACUUGGCACCAACUGAUUUCUACCUGUUCUUGUGUAUCCCUAAUGAUUUCGCUGGACUCGGUUUCAGAGGAUCUUGUGGACAUCGACUGUCCCGUUUAUUUUGCUACUAAAGUAAGAAGUUACUAGAAGAACCUCAACUUGAAGAGUGUUUUGUAAAGAUAAAUAUGUACAUAUUUGAAAUUUGAAUACCACUACCAAUGGUAAUGGGGUAGGUUUACAUGAUACUUUGACGUAUGCCGUGACCCGCUAUACAGGGUUGCUAUGAACAAAAAAACAAAAAAAACACGCUAAGCAUAUUUACGUUGACCAGCUGAGACCAACACGUGCGGCACGUUUAAUCAAUAUUGCCAAACAAUAAUAAACCGUUGAACUGCUAACGGUGUUAGGACUCGCAGCUACGCUGCUCAGGGGUUGACAAGGCGAGUCACCAAAACAAACUCAAGCGAGUAACUAGCCAACUCAAAGUUUGGCCAAAACAAAGCGCAGCACACCUGCCACUGUCGCAAACAGAUAUGUUUUAGUAGGCAAACUUGAAAGAUGUGUGUCCGCGUCAAGGGAUGACACUUAAAAAAAAUAAAAAUAAAAAUAGAAUUUAGUAAAUAAUUUUCGGAAUUUACUGUCAACAAGUUUUUUUUUAACCGGUCAAUCCAAAUAUUGUUAAUAAAAAAAACUGUUAGUUUCUGCAUGUGCUUGGACUGUGUAGUAUGGAUUUAUGCCUGCGAGGGUCGCAGAUUAAUCUAGUUGAACGUCAGAAACCACGUCCCAAAUAUAGUUCCCAAACGAAUUUGUAUCAACCGCCAAGCGGCAACAAUCCUAACAACUACAAUACACGCGCACGUCCACGUUCGGCACAAUUCUUCACGAAACGUAGUCGCUCCUCGCCAUUUCUCAAUCGUCCACAAUCGGCUGAACUCAGUCAGUUUGGUGCUGGUGUCGGUGUUGGUGCUGUUGGUUGCACAAAUUUCGGCGUGGGACGCAGUUCAGGUGGUAACUGUGGUCAGUAUCAAGGACGAGGUGGCGAGUACGUGCCCGACAAAUUGAACAAAACCAGGCGCUAUCAAUCUAUUUCUUCAUCGAGUUUGUUGAAACUGUUGCUCGACGAGCCCAUAAAGCGCUCCUGGCUGUGUCGCGGUAGUGUCUCCUCACCAGAAACACAAUCUGAACAGAGUAGUACCAGGAAGCAGACAUACACCGAUUACAAUAAGCGAACGCGCGGAACGGAGACAAGUAGUGUUGAGAGUGAGAGGUGCCGAACAGCGCAAGCAGCGGGUGUAGAGAACCAUAGAUUUACAAUGAGCGCCUCAACCUCGCGCUUGUCGAGCGGCAAUUCGGUUUCGAGUUAUUCGCGUGAAAAGUCUGCUGGUUCCACAGCCUCUACCACUUCGCUACGUGCCACUGACUAUUGGCAUACAAAUAAUACUACAGCACAUACGUCAAUGCUGCAGAAGCAAGCCAAACCCGAUCUUCCGGGACGUGUGUCCUUCUCUAAGCCCAAUGCGAGCUUGCUAUAUGAAGCAGAUCUGAGCCUUAGCGAUUGCGAAAAUGAAAAACAAAAGUCACAUGAAUUUACAGCAACCACAAAGAAUUUUGCAAACAAUGCUUCCAUUUCGGAACCAGGACCUGUUACAUUGCCAGCUGCAGUUAACUGCAGUAGCAAACGUGAAUUUGCUGCGCCAACCUUAUCGUGUGGUGAGCUCUCCACCUCGGCUGGUUCUAAGAAGUCAGUGCAUUUCGGCGCGGCUGCUGGUGGCGAAGGCAUACUCGCCGAAACCUAUGAAUAUCCAAAGUGUCCAUCGGAAAAUUGUUCGUGUAGCACACGCAGUUCGUCGACGGCAAGCAGCACACAGGACAUUGGUGUCGAGGGCAAGUGUACUUGUGACUCGCCGACUUGCAAAUUGAGCGUUGAGCGUAUGUUGCGACGUUCGAGUCUAACAGAUAUUGACGAUAAAAUGGAUUUCAAUCUAAAGGCUGAUGGUCCGAAGAAAAACACUGCCAUUGCAGCUGAAGAACUGCAGGUAAUACGUGACUACAAAAGUGUCGUUGGCGAUCAGUUGGAGAACUCGGUGGUUAAGCAGAUACUCGAGGAGGACAAAAGCAAAUUUGGGAGCUAUGACAACUCGAAUAAUACGCUCGAAAUGCCCACAUACUUGGAUAAGUAUGCGUCACCAAGCAGAUCGAAUGUUUACUCAGAUAAACCAAAUAACCUAUCCGAAGGAAAACCAUCAACAAAUGUAAAAAAUGGCGCUAAAAAGAAUCUGGUUGGCAGCAACGCCAAUGAGCUCAACAAAAUGGAUAAUAAUUUGGAAAAUAAUUUCAAGUCGCAGGCCGCAUAUGCUCCUACUAGCGAUACAGUCAUCAAUAAUUAUUUGAAAGUUGCUGCGACCACACCACUAAUGAUCAAGAAGAAGGAAAAUAAUCGACCGAACUCCGGUGAAAAGCAAAUACAAAACAAGGAAAACAAAUCGGUAACAGCGCCAAAUAAUCAACCAACGAGUAGCAAAAGUAAUGGUAAUGCGAAGCUGAAGAAAGCGACGAGUUUUGGCAGCCUGCGGGAAGAUUCGAAUUUGACCGACUUCAAUCUGGACAAAGUCGAUAGCUGGAUGUCUAUGCAUGGCGAGAGCAUGAAUCAGCGUAAAAUACUUUCGAAGCAUAAAUCUUUAGACGGCGACUUUGAGAAAUUUACAGCUACUGAUUUGGUCGAAGACGAGCAUAGAGCAGAUAUUUUAAAUGAACGUGAUGGCGACAAUGCAUCGCAGGUGUCUACCAAGUCGGAUGGUGAAUCCACAUACGAUGAGAUCGUCUCAGUGAUUAAAGAGAUUGAUGAAGACAAAAAGAGAGAUAACUAUGCGGAGAGGGCAGCUAAUGAGUUGGAGCUCAAGCUCAAUACAACAGCAGAUACGGUGACCUUGCCUGCGUCAGGUGAGGAGAAGACUGCUGAAAAUAGCAAGUCGCCGGAUAAAUACAAAGACAUCCUUAGUUACUUAGAUACCGUUGAAGAUAGUUGUGAUCGCACUUUGCUCGAGACACGUCGUUCUAUACCGGAGUCUAAUCGCUCCGAAAUCGAAUUUGUCGUGGAACCCGAUAUAGCUGAAGAUGUGCCGAAGCUAGCCGAUCUACUCAUGCUGCCCAAUCAUCAGCUCGCACGUCGCGUCAUCGCUUUGAGUUUGCGUGCCAAUGAACUCGCCAAUGCUGUUUAUCUCUCCAAGGAACAUGUAAUGAAAGUGCGUACGGAGAAGCAGAAGUCUAUACGUACUGAGAAAGCAACUGCUGCGAAUCGCUUGCGUGAGCAGAAGAAACAUUACGAGUUGAUUGUAAAGCGGCAUCAGGGUUUUAUAGAGCAGUUACUAAAGGAUAAGGGCUCACUUUGCGAGAAAGUCGCUGCUCUAACACGCCGCUUAGAAAGUCAAAAUCAAGCUUGGGAACACAAAUUAGAAACGGAGGUAGCGCGCGUCAAGGAAACAACUUUGGCUGGCGAGAAGAUUAGGCGUGAGCGUUGGGUGCGCGAGAAUACAAAGAAGAUCAAAGAGCUCACUGUGAAGGGUUUAGAAGCGGAAAUUAAUAAGAUGACUUGCAAUCAUCAACGUGAAGUAAACGAACUUAAGCAGGCACAACAGCAACAGCUAUUAGAUUCGCUCGAAGAGGCGCGUCUUAAACACGAACAGAUUGAGAAUUCGAUACGUGAGUCCUGUGCACAAGAUCGUGAAUCGAUUAUUGAGAAGGAACGCCUGGCUAUACGCGAGAGAUUUGAGCGUCAGUUAGAGGAGGAGCGCAAAUGUUUUGAUGAGCAGCGACAAAAACUCGUUGAUGAUUUCAAUGCUGAGCGUAUACGCCUACAGAAUGAGCUAAAGAUGAAAGAUGCCGACUUCCAAAUGCGUAGACAGGAGCUACAACGCGAGAAAGAAAUUGAGUUAGAGCAAACAGUUGCCGAGUUACAGGAGAAGAUGUUCAAACAAGAGGAGAAAUAUCAGAAUCGCAUCAACACUAUUGAGAAACAGUACGAAGCUGAUUUUGAGCUUUGGAAGCGUGACUAUGAGAACGAAUGCAAGGUGUCACAAGUUGAGAAGGAGAAUGCGAUCCGCCAACACUAUCGUGCCGAACGUGACCGACAAAUCGAUGCUAUUGUCAGUCGCAUGGAUGCUGAGGCGUUGAAACAUGCCGAAGAGCAUGAUGCCAAAUUAAAUCGUUUAAAAGACAAGUAUGAAAAGGACCUGCAGUUAGUUGAGAAUGCAGAGCGUUCACUGCGUGAGAAAUACACAGAUACGCGUAGUUCUUUAGCGGAGGCUGACGCCAAAGUACGCAACUCCGAAGCGGAGAUCAAGCAGUUAAAAAUGGAAUUGGAGCAUAGCAAGAAGAUGUGCAAUGAUCUCUUAGCCGAACGGGAUCAACUUCGUGAUAAUUUACGCAACGAAGUACAAAGUGAGGUGGCGGUAAUCAAAUCGGAGCGGGAUACCGAAAUACAAAAGAUACACAAGAGGGUACAACAAGCGAUAGAGAAGAAGGAUGCCACCAUUGACUUGUUGCAGAAAGAAAAUGGCAGUCUGCGUGAACGCUGUCUCAAGCUGGAGGCGGUCAUCAGGCAACAGCGCAAGGAUUAUUGUGUGAAGUGAUGCCAUACAUUUAAAAGUGGAUGUAUUCUUUAUAAAUAUAUUAUUUAACAAACUAACGACAGUUUUCUAAAGCAAUUUAGAGAAGCUUAGAUAUACAGCAAGCUGAAAAAUUUAUCAAAGCAAGCCGUCAGAUUUUAUAUUGUCAUCAACAUUUCAAUUAUUUUACAUUAUUUGUUAUAUUAUUGAGUUUUAUAUAAUUUGUAAAUAUUAAUUACGUUAAUGUUUCUUAUUGUCUAAUGAAAACAACGUUUUGUAACCCAUUUAGUAAACUCGAAUUCAACGUAUUUUUUUAAAUGUCCUCAAAGAGAAUGCAUUUAUUAUAAUUUUAUGUGAUUAUGC